AUGCACAGGAUCAUUGUCGGCGUUAAGUACUGCUUCAGAUAUAAUCAGCGCAAUCGCGCCGCCCGCGCUCUCAAUGAACAUGGCGAACCCGUCGACCUCACCCAGAUGCCGCACCCACGACGGAGACGACGCGAGAAGAAGCUCAUGUCGAUGGAGGAGGUCAAUGAGCGCUUCCCAUUGACCAAAUACAAGAUCUGGCGAUCGAGCAGAGAGGCCGAAGGACUGCCUGCCGCUGGUGGGGUCAACCCACAGAGCAGACCCGUCAGUCUGAAGGAGGAAGAAGGCACCAUCGAGACACAGUUUGCGAAACAGUCUACGGAUACCGCGCGACCCCCAACGGCUCUGAGCGUGGCGCAACAGGACCAUGCCAAUGCCAUAUCGCAUGCGCGACCAGUAUCAGAUGCGGAAGCCACUUCCAGCUCUGACAAGGUUCCCGAGAAGAGCGUGGUUGAGACGACCGAGACAGUCGCAUCGGCGGAUGAUAGGAACGCAUCCGUCGUAAGCGGCUUGGAUGACGAUGACGAAGACGAUCCUAUUCGCACCGCUGCGCCGCCAGAAAUGCUCGCAGCACCUGGAGAUUCCUGCGCCAUCUGUCUGGAUACUUUGGACGAUGACGAUGACGUGAGAGGUUUGACGUGUGGGCAUGCCUUCCAUGGAUCAUGCGUGGACCCCUGGCUUACAAGCAGGAGGGCGUGUUGUCCUCUUUGCAAGGCGGAUUAUUACGUGCCGAAGCCUCGCCCAGAUGGCGAAGAUCCUUCAGCAGACCCUCGACGACGUGGAAGGAAUGCGCAUGGCAUGCAACCACCGCCAACAGCCUUUAUCGGUGGUCGAGGCAUUGCGAUGAGAGGGCGUAUGAUGUUUGCACCUCGAGUAUUAUUCCUCAACGACAACACAAAUCAGUUCUAUGCGCCGCAUGCUGCUAGAGAAGAGCGGUUACGGCGAGAACGAGAGGCGCAGGCGGCAUUCUAUCAGGAUCCUGCGGCGCAGCGACAAGAGCAACAGGAUCAACAAACACCCGGUCGGUCAUGGCGGAGUCGGUUGACCACCAUGCCAAGAUUUGGCCGGCGAACAUCACAAAGUCAGCAAAACCAGCCACAGGAACCUGUCGUCAGUGCUGGUGAGCUCGAGGCUGGCACGAGAACGUGA